AUGCUUUCUCAGAGGUUGUAUCGCCACGCCGCUGCGGCAGCUCCGCGAGUCGGCGUGCGCGCUCUGGCCACGACAAGCCUGAAGCAGACGCGAGCGCCGUCCAUGGGCGACAUCAACCCCACACCGGAAUCCAUCGAGACCUUCAACGAGAGGCAGAAAGCAUUCAGAGAGCAGCUGGUGGAAGCGCAGAAAGAACGGGGAGCUCGUGCGUUUGGUUCCCAGAAAUUGCCUGACUCGACUACUCCUGACCAAAGCUCACCUCAAACUGCUGCAGGCGCCACAGCCGCUGUCAAGGACAACGAGCCUGAUCGCAAGCAGGGCCCGCUGACCAACCUCAUCUAUGGCACCAAGGAGGGCAGGGAGAUGGAGGCCCAGAUGGAGGCCAGCUUCAGCCAGGUGCUUGCCAGAGGCAAAUACGUCCAUUCCAUCGUCUUCCACGAGGUCCAGCCCGACAAGGUGGACGAGUACGUCGCGCUGACGGGGGAGUUCUACCCCAAGAUGGCCAACACUCCCGAGAACAAGGUCCAUCUGGUCGGCAGUUGGCGGACAGAGGUUGGCGACUGCGACACCUUUGUUCACAUUUGGGAGUACCAGCGGUACGAAGGCUACCAUGAGUCUCGUUACUCCAUCUCGCACCACCCCGAGUUUGCCGAUUUCAACAAGAAGCUCAGCAAAUUGAUCAAGUCUAAGAAGAUUUCCUUGAUGCAAGAGUUCUCUUUCUGGCCCACCACGCCCCCGCGCCAGCUCGGAGGCGUUUUCGAGCUCCGAUCAUACACCCUGCACCCCGGCAACCUGCUGGAGUGGGAGACUCACUGGAGAAGGGGCCUCAAGGCUCGGAGGGAGGUCAUGGAGGGCGUCGGCGCAUGGUUCGUUCAGAUUGGCGAGCUUAACACGGUUCACCAUCUGUGGCAGUUUGCCAACCUCGAGGAGCGAAGGACGCGCCGAGAGAAGAGCUGGUCGGUUGAGGGAUGGAGCGACACGGUGCACAAGACGGUGCCUCUGAUUCAGUCCAUGCAGUCUAGGAUUCUGAUUCCCAUGCCCUGGUCGCCCGUAGCAUAA